CGGGGCGGGCUUGGGCGGUGGCGCGGGGAGAGCCGGGCGCGGACGGCUCGCGCGCGGGGUUCGCGUCUGCCGCGCGCCAGGCCGGCCGGCCCGGGUGCGGAGCGCGGCCAUGGGCCCGGGGCCCCCGGCGGCCGGAGCGGGGGCGCCGCCGCGGCCCCUGUCGGUGGCCGCGCGGCUGAGCUACGCGGUGGGCCACUUCCUCAACGACCUGUGCGCGUCCAUGUGGUUCACCUACCUGCUGCUCUACCUGCACUCGGUGCGCGCCUACAGCUCGCGCGGCGCCGGCCUGCUCCUGCUGCUCGGCCAGGUGGCCGACGGGCUGUGCACGCCCCUCGUGGGCUACGAGGCCGACCGCGCCGCCGGCCGCUGCGUGCGCUGCGGCCCCCGAAAGGCCUGGCACCUGGUCGGUACCAUCUGUGUCCUGCUGUCCUUCCCCUUCAUCUUCAGCCCGUGUCUGGGCUGCGGGGCAGCCACGCCCGAGUGGGCCGCCCUCCUCUACUACGCGCCCUUCAUCGUGAUCUUCCAGUUCGGCUGGGCGGCUACGCAGAUUGCCCACCUCAGCCUCAUCCCAGAGCUGGCCACCAGCGACCACGAGAAGGUGGAGCUCACGGCCCUCAGGUACGCCUUCACCGUGGUGGCCAGCAUCACCGUGUACAGUGCCGCCUGGGUGCUGCUCCACCUGCAGGGCUCCCCGAGCUUGGGGGGGGCCCGCAGGGUCACUGACCAGCUGGGCGUCCAAGACGUGCCGGUGUUCCAGAACCUCUCCCUGCUGGUGGUGGGAGUCGGGGCCGUCUCUUCGCUGCUGUUCCAUCUGGGCACCAGGGAAGGGCGCCGGCCUCGGGCGGAGGAGCCGGACGAGCACAGCCCGCUGCUGGCCCCCGCCACCGCCCGGCCCCUGCUGCUCUGGAAGCACUGGCUCCGGGAGCCGGCCUUCUAUCAGGUGGGCUUGCUGUACAUGAGCACGAGGCUCAUCGUGAACCUGUCCCAGACGUACAUAGCCAUGUAUCUCACCUACUCCCUCAACCUGCCCAAGAAGUUCAUCGCCACCAUCCCGCUGGUGAUGUACCUCAGCGGUUUCUGCUCCUCCUUCCUCAUGAAGCCAGUCAACAAGUGCAUCGGGAGGAACCUUGGAGAUUUGCUGCAGGGCCUGCAUGGGCUUCUACCGCUGGGUGAUGGUGGCCGCCACCGGCGGGGUGGGCGUGGCCGCCACCCUCUGUCUCUGCAGUCUCCUCAUCUGGCCCAUCCGCCUGCGGAGCUGGGACCCUGGAGCCCAGCCCUGAUUCCACAGGCGCCACGGUUGCCGUCCUGUGCACAUGAACUCUGUAUACUCCAGGACCAGCUGAGGCCAGGAGCAGCCCUCCCUUCGUGCCGCCCCCACCUCCCAUCCCUACCCCCGCAUCCUUGCCUGGCUGUGGGGGCAGGACGCUCAGGAUCCCAGACACGGAGCUCAGCGCUCUGGGAUCCAGGGGUGCGCCCGGCUCACCCCUCACCCCAGGCUCGGGUGCAGUUUGCUACAUGCCGCCAGGUCCCCCGACCACGACGUGGUCACUGAGCCUGACGGGAGCCUCAGGCAGGGGGUAGGGAGGAGCAAGGCCCAUGCUCUGUGCCCAGGCCACUGCUGGCCACGAAUAAAGAGCCACCCGUGGGUGAGGACUGUGGCCUCA